AUGGCCUCGCCAACCAAGGAAGACCCCAAAGGCUUGGCUCUGACGGAACGCGAGAUCGAGAUUCUCGGCAAGGCCUGGAAGUGCAUGAAGACGCAGCCUGAGGUCGACUACGGCAAGCUGGCCACCGAGUGCGGCAUGAUCAACGUCGGCAGUGCCUCCAACGCAUGGGGUCGGAUCAAGAAAAAGCUCUUCUCCGACAUGCCAGCGGCUGCUGGGCCGGCCGCUUCGUCUGCUGCAGGUGGUGCAGCGCCCGCGACACCGGGUGGCCGCAAGCGCAAGUCGGCAGCCGUCACGGCAGCAGCAGCGGCUGCUGUCGUCGUGGAGGCUCCGAAUGCCGACUCCAUGGUGGCAGCCAUGGAUGAUGAAGCCGGCGAAGCCGAUGAAGCCGGUGAGGCUGGCGAUGUGGACGGGGGCGUGUCUGUGGCCAUCGAAUCUGGCAACGGUGAGAACGGUGAGAACGGUGAGAACGGCACGAUCGAGUUCACUCCGAUCAACGGCACGCCGAAGCGUCGUCGCGGUGGCGGCGCCCCUCGGACACCUCGGACACCCAAGACGCCCAGAGCGGCCAAACCGGCCAAGACGGCUGGCGUUGGUCGUGGCCGCGGUCGCAAGGCCACCGUCAAGACGGAGGAGGUGGUGACGGCCAGGCCCGAGGACGAGGACACGGAGCUGGAUGACGUCGAUGGCGGCGUCGAGGUGGCGCCGUCGCAGAGCAACGGCCACAAGACAGAAGAUCUCGAGAUGGCAGACGCAGCACAGGAGUCCACGGCCGAUGGCGAGGACGGUUUCUAG